UAGUUAAAAUUUGACGCCGAAGAUGGCAGCACAUACUUCCUUUUCCUGUGAAAUUUGACAUCGGGUUCUUUUACAAAUGGCGAGUGUCGGUUCACGUUGAAUUUUUGAUACUUGCUUAAGUGUAUUAACCUGUGAAUAUUUUGGUUCAUAAAUAAUAUAUUUUGUACAAUGUCGGAUACUUACGGAGAUGAAGGAGCCCAAGUGGCUGUGGCAUCAAAACUUGCAGAAAUGCCGGAAAUUGAAAUCAAACUAUUCGGCAAGUGGAACUGCGAUGAUGUACAGGUCUCAGAUAUGUCUUUGCAGGAUUAUAUUGCUGUGAAAGAAAAAAACGCAAAGUAUCUACCUCAUUCGGCAGGUCGGUAUGCCGCUAAACGUUUUCGCAAAGCUCAGUGCCCUAUUGUGGAGCGGUUGACAAAUUCAUUGAUGAUGCAUGGCAGGAAUAAUGGUAAAAAGUUAAUGGCCGUGCGCAUUGUGAAACAUGCAUUUGAAAUCAUUCACUUGCUUACUGGAGAAAAUCCACUUCAGAUUUUAGUAACCGCAAUUAUCAACUCUGGCCCGCGCGAAGACUCUACUCGAAUCGGAAGGGCUGGUACAGUUAGAAGGCAGGCCGUUGAUGUAUCGCCCUUGAGGAGAGUUAACCAGGCAAUCUGGUUGUUGUGUACCGGCGCCAGAGAAGCGGCAUUCCGUAACAUUAAAACAAUCGCUGAAUGUUUGGCUGACGAAUUGAUUAAUGCCGCAAAGGGUUCUUCCAAUUCUUAUGCCAUCAAAAAGAAAGACGAAUUGGAAAGAGUGGCCAAAUCUAACAGAUAAACAUAAACUGUCAUUAAAUUUUUGCUCCAA